GUACCUUUGGGCACCCAAUACACCAGCUGUGAAAGAAAAACUAUGUAUAGAUACUGAAGGUGCCAAAGUUUCUGUUUUGGGCCCUGUUGUCGGUGAAAGUAUUGCACGUCUACUUUUGGGAGAAUCAUGGAAAACCAAAUGA